AUUAAGAUUGAUCAAAACAAAAAUACCCUUGACAUUGUCAAAAAACAUGAUUAAAAUAAGUCGUGUUCACUAAUAAAUUUCUCAAUUAUAUGCUAUGGCUGAUUCAGAAAUAGUUAAUGACCGAACUCCACUCCUGGAAAGAAAAGGGAGUAUUAGUAGUACUGAUUCAUGCAAUAAAUUUACUAUUAAGUCAUUAGAAAAAGAGGAUGCCACUUUAACAGCAGUUUUAACUGCUGAUUCUACUAAAUAUGGUAUAUCUAAUGUAUUGAAUAUUGUGGAAGACGGUGAUUACAUGGCGCCGGUUAGCGAAGGAGUUGUUGAAUAUAAUGGACAACUAUCCGAUAUCGUCUGUAUUUUUUCAGUGGCAUUUGAUACGCGUGCUGGCAACAUCAUUGAAUGGUAUUUACCUUGCGACUGCAAUGUUGAUGGCAUUGAAUUCCGUGCGAUGGCAAGUGGAUCACAUAGAGUUCAAACUGAUUUUAUAUAUUUCAAAAGAGGUCAGCUGUAUGGCUUAGCUUGCUUUGAAAAUAUGCCUGUAGACAAUAAAUGUGAAAGAGGAGCUAGAAUGAAAUCAGUUGGUGUGUUAGCAGUUACGUACACUUCUUUACAUCAUCAUAUGAAUUUUCUCAGAAAACAAGUGCGGCAGCUACUAGAAAACCCUGGUUCUUAUGAGGAAAUGGAAAUCUACUAUGAGAGUCACAAAGGAUCUUUUCCAACCUUUAAUGCAUUCCAAGAUUAUUCUGAUAUUUAUUCAACUAGAUUAAAUAAUCUUGUGCCUUUAAUGAAAAUCACUCACCCUGCUGGCUGUUUUUCUCAGUUUUUGAAUUUUUUUGGUGAAAGAAUAUUUGCCCUCUGGAAAAUGGCAUUAUUAAAGAAGCGCAUAAUAUUUUUUUCACCACCUCCUAUUGGAGUAGUGUGUUAUCGGGUGUAUUGCACAAUUUGUCUCACUGGUCACCGUCUGUCUGAAAUAGGUGCAUGGUCUGCACAACCAUUCUUUUAUGUCAAUAUCGCAGAUAUGGAUAAUUUAGGAUCUGAAAAAGUUUAUGUUGCAUGCACAACCGAAAAAAUAUUCCAGACUAAAACAAGCCUUUACGAUUUGUAUGUGGAUAAUCAAAAUUUCAUUACUGACAUCCCAAUAAUUCAAAAGAUUCUGAAUACAAGUCAUUCUGAUAGGAGAAAGUUUGAACAACUUUGUAAAUUUCAACCACAAAUCAAUGGCUUUCAAAAUGGUGAUUUAAACAGUGAAGAGUCAGAAGCUUGGUUUACCAG